AUGGCUGUUCAAUGGCAUUGUCGAUGGUGGUCGCGCACCACCCCCAGCUGUUCUGAUCCAUUCUCACUUUCUUCUUAUCCUUCAUCUUCAUUAUCAUCGUCCUCUUCUGCUUAUACUUCAUCUUUUCUUCAUUCCUUUCACACCGCCUACACAAAACGGCAUCGUCUGAUUGCUUCCUCAUUGCCUCGUCCUCCACCGUCUUCUUCUCCUUCAUCUCCGUCUAAUUCGGGUCUCAGAUUGAGCAAACCCGGCAAAUCAGACGUUUCGGGCUCGGAACGCAGGAAACUCAGUAACACUGCUAGGAGGGAUGUUUCGUCGAGUAUCUCCAGUCAGAUCGAGAGCCAGAAGCAAGAGCACCCGAGUUACAAGACUUUUUUCAGUAAAAGGUCUCUAUGGCGGAGGAUAUUAUUCGCAUCCAAGAAACUCAGAAGCAUAAUUUUGCUCAAUGUCAUAACCAUAGUCUACGCCAGUAACAUUCCAAUUGUCAAAGAGGUUGAAGCCAUUAUGAGUCCAGCAGCUUUCACAGUCGUGCGUUUUACGGUUUCUGCCAUUCCAUUCAUUCCAUUUAUACUGCAAGCAAGGGGUGAUGCCCGCACUCGAAAUGCAGGAAUAGAGUUGGGAUUUUGGGUCAGUCUGGGUUACCUCAUGCAGGCGUUGGGACUUCUAACUUCAGAUGCUGGUCGUGCAUCUUUUAUAUCUAUGUUCACUGUAAUUGUGGUUCCUCUAAUUGAUGGCAUGUUAGGAGCGGAGAUUCCUGCUCGAAUCUGGUUUGGAGCUAUAAUUUCCAUUUUAGGAGUUGGAAUGCUGGAAUCUAGUGGUUCUCCUCCAAGCGUUGGAGAUCUUUUAAACUUCUUAAGUGCAGUGUGUUUUGGUGUUCAUAUGUUAAGAACAGAACGUAUAUCAAGAAGCAUUAGUAAAGAGAAGUUUCUGCCCCUUUUAGGAUAUCAAAUUUGCAUUGUCGCUUUGUUUUCUGCUAUAUGGUAUUUGGUUGGAAGUUGCUUUGGUGGUGUUCACGAUUCAUGGCCAUCUUCUUGGUCAUGGACUAUGCUAAGAGAUUUGAUGGUUACUUUUCCUUGGAUACCUGCACUUUAUACUGGCAUAUUCUCGACUGGGCUAUGCUUAUGGAUUGAGAUGGCUGCAAUGCGAGAUGUAUCAGCCACAGAAACUGCUAUAAUCUAUGGGCUCGAGCCAGUCUGGGGUGCUGCUUUUGCAUGGUUUCUUUUAGGCGAAAGGUGGGGCGCCUUAGGAUGGAUUGGUGCUGCCCUUGUGCUAGGCGGAAGCUUGACAGUGCAGAUAUUUGGAUCAGCCAGCGAGUCUAAACAAGAACAGAAAGGAAAUAAGAAGCAUCAGAACGUUCUGGUUUCAGACGAGGAGGAUGGUUUUCCUACUACUGUAAUUGUUAGGUCGAAGGAGGAUCGUUCUGAUGUAUUGAAGUAAUGUUAGUGUCACUAAUCGCGUGGCCUUGCAAAGAAGCUUGUGAUAUCUCGUAGGAGUAUCACUAUUACUACUAACCCUUCUCUUUGUCUGGCCUUUUGUCAUGUGGGUGUGGAUACAUAUAUUUAGCUUGUAGGUUUUAAUUAUGUUGUCGAAAUAAAAUAAUCGAAUAGCUUUAAAAAUGCCGACGCUAGACCUGUCCAUGGGUCCAGUUUUGAGGGUCUGCCUAGGAUCUUAUUUUUUGACUGUAUAUAUGUGUAUACAAAUCUAUAUAGAGCCAUCUUUUUAGGUUCCAUGAAACAUUAUGGAACUUGGAAUUUUUUGUCUCCUGUUCCAGUGUCUGAGAGCAAAGACACAUCCGAGUAAUGAGAACAAGGAACUUUUUAUUUA